AUGGAGAUUUCUCCUCGUUGUUUGGUUUCUCUUCUUUCAAUCCUCCUCUUGUCUGGAUUCGUCUCGUCUCUCCACAUCUCUCUUGAUGAAUUUGAGUCACACCCACCAACAAGCCGAGCUCUUCUUCAGGCAAAGAUACCAUGCAAAGAAGAUUUUGCGAACAAGAAUUACACAAUCAUAACGAGUAAAUGCAAAGGACCAAAUUAUCCGGCGAAGGCAUGUUGCUCCGCCUUCAAGGACUUUGCAUGCCCAUUCGCGGAAGCUCUAAACGACGAAAAGACAGAAUGUGCCUCCACAAUGUUCAGCUACAUCAAUCUCUACGGUCGUUAUCCUCCCGGAAUAUUCGCAAACAUGUGUAAAGAAGGCAAAGAAGGGCUCGAUUGCACCAACGUCACCGCCACGUCAUCUUCUCAUGCAUUGAUCCCUCUUAUCUCCACCACACACGCAUCGCUGCUAAUCACUGUUUUCUUGUUUUACCUCUUCUAA